AUGUAUCACUUCAAAUGGAACGACAUCUACCUCACUCCACUAUUAUUUCUUCGACCUGAUGGCAAGCUUCAUGUUCAGGUAAUUCAAAAAAAUGGCCAACCAUUCGCCAGUCUGACUACGAUUUCCCUUCCCCUAAAAGAAUGGUGCCGGAUCGUUUUCGCUUUUGACAGUGAAAGUUGGUACCUUACAGUAAAUUACGGAGAAAAUGCAAAGAACCAGUGGUCAACUGAAAUGCAAUUUGACAAAGGUAUUGCCUACGACGAUGUGGAAGGUAUAUUCACUUUUGGUGGCUCGGAGAAUGUUCCUGCCUUUGAAGGUUAUAUCGGACAAGUAACAGUUUAUCGAAAUAGAAUAGUUCCCGCCAAAAAAUUUGUUUAUAUCUAUCUAUCUAUCUAUCUAUCUAUCUAUCUAUCUAUCUAUCUAUCUAUCUAUCUAUCUAUGUCAGUCCGUUCCUACGUAUCUAUCUAUGUCAGUCAGUUUCUAUCUAUCUAUCUAUCUAUCUAUCUAGAUAUUUCGAUGCCCAGUCCGUAUCAUCCAAUGUUUGAGUUAGCCCUGAGUCGCCGGAGCAGACUUUGCAACCAUUUCAUUAACUGGAUCGAUGCCAAAAUCUUUGAGUACAGGAAGCUGAAGAAGAAACUCAUCCUUAAAGGUACAUGCAGUGAUUACUUCACGAAACUGAGGCGUCGGAUUCAAGCAUCCAGUUGGUCGGAAAAGCAGUGUAGGGCUUACAGUGGUCCGGUCUCUGUUCAUUAUCGGUUAGUAAAAAACAACUUAUGGCGACGAGUGGUCAGCGGACUGGACUGGCAAAUGCUGAACUCAGAACAAACCGGCAACAUUCUCUAUGACAACAUCACAAAAAUAAUUGAACAAGAAGCAUUGGGACAAAUGAACAAGACAGUUAUCCUCUUGAAGCAAUCGGCGUGUCUGGGUAACAAAGAAGCUAUGUACAUGUUAUCAGUGAUCCUCAGUAAUGGGAUACACAUGAAAGCCGAUGAGAUACAGGCUCACGGCUACUUGAUGAGGGCGUCUCUGGGCGGUCAUCGGUUAGCAACACUGGCUUUAGCACACAAACAUAACAAUGGACUAGACCGUGUGCCUUUCCACAGAGGAAUUGCCUACAUGUAUUACAAAUACGUUGCUGAUAAAACACGAAUGGACCGUGAAGCACACAAAGACAAAGAUGUUCUUACUGAAUCAAUCCGUCUUACCGAUGACAAAGUCCUGAAGGAGGUGACUGACGAAGAAGGCGACAUUUUUAUGUGGCUGAAGCACCAAGCAAAGCAAGGAGUUCUUUCAGCACAAGUGAGGAUACCAAAUUCAUGCCUCCUUUUUUUCUUUUUUCUUUUAUUUUUUCUUUUCUUUUCUUUUUUCCAUUUUUCUUUCUUUUUUCGUUUUUGCUUUUCUUUUAGUCGUUUUUCUUUUCUUUUUUCGUUUUUCUUUUUUUAUUUUAUUUUCCUUUUUUCUUUUCUUCUUUCGUUUUUCUUUGCUUUUCCGUUUUUUCUGUUCUUUUUCGUUUUUAUUUUCUUUUUUCAUUUUUUCUUUUGUUUUUUCGUUCUUUAUUUUCUUUUCGUUUUUUUUUCUUUUUUCCGUUUUUCUUUUUCAUUUUUCCUUUCUUUUUUCGUUUCUUUUUUCUUUUUCUUUUCUUUUUUUCGUUUUUUUCGUUAUUUCUUCUCUUUUUUUCUUUUCUUUUCUUUUUUUUUUCGUUUUUCCUUUCCUUUUUAA